AUGACCGAUGGAAAUAAUGUAAACAACAUACGAUGCUUGUGUGCAGACAUGGUUCAGAAGGCCAACAGCGGGCAUCCUGGUGCGCCUUUGGGCUUAGCACCCUUGGCGUAUGUCUUGUAUACAGAAAUACUGAGUUUUGAUCCUGACGAUGAUGGAUGGAUUGGCAGGGAUAUUUUUAUCUUGUCGAAUGGCCAUGCAUGUGCCUUACAGUAUGUGAUGAAUUAUCUGAUAGGGCGCCUAACUAUUGAUGACUUGAGGUCAUUUAGGCAGCUUGGCAGCAGAACGCCGGGGCAUCCUGAGCGAGGGCUUCCAGGAAUAGAGUGCACAACUGGGCCGCUGGGACAAGGGCUGGCGAAUGCUGUUGGAUAUGCAAUUUCUCUGAAAAAGCUGAGCAGUCACACCGGGAAUAAGCCCAAAGUUUACUGUGUGUUUGGAGACGGGUGCUAUCAGGAAGGAAUAGGGCAGGAGUCGUUUUCUUUGGCUGCAAGUCUGCGACUAGACAACCUGGUGCUGAUUUAUGAUUUCAACGGAGUGACGAUAGAUGGGCCUACGUCUCUUUCGAUGAAUGAAAGCGUAUCCAAAAGAUUUGAGAGCCUUGGGUUUGUAGUUGAGGUUGUUUCUGGCGAGGACACGGAUGGGAUUAAGAGAGCAUUGAAAGAUGUAGGCCAUGAUAUGCCAAAGGUGAUUCUUCUUGAAACAGUGAUUGGAUAUGGAAGUGAGAUGGAAGGAGACUGCAAGGUUCAUGGCAGCCCGUUGGGAAUAGAAGGUGUUGCAAAGCUCAAAGAGCGUCUUGGAAUGCCGCCUGCUGAUUUUUUUGUUUCAUCGCCUUUGCUAGACAGAUUUCAUGAGCUUAUUAAGAAAAAACGAGCUGAAGUUAUUGAGUGGAGCAAUACAUCUGAGGUGGUCGGCAAGCUUUGUGAUAGAGUGAUGGCGGUAAGCAAUGAGCAAUCGAUGUAUAGAUCGGUGUAUGUGAGAAGUGGUGCACAUAAGGCAACUAGAAAGCACUUCUCAGAAGCUCUGCAUGAUCUAAAAGAGAAUGCACAUUUGGUUGGCGGGUCUGCAGAUUUGCAAUCGUCAGUCUUAACAAGGAUAGGAAGCAGUGACUUUUCGCAGACCAAUAGAGCUGGAAAUUACAUCAACUUUGGAGUCAGGGAGCACAGCAUGUGUGGAGUUAUGAACGGAAUUUCAUCCCAUGGAUAUUUCCUUCCAUAUUCAGGAACUUUCCUAAAUUUUAUUUCGUAUGGUUUUCCUGCAGUCAGGCUUGCUUGCAUGGGCAAGCUCAAUCUUUUCUAUGUGCUGACGCAUGAUUCGAUAGGGCUUGGAGAAGAUGGGCCCACUCAUCAACCGAUUGAAGUGCUUGCCACUCUCAGAGCAACGCCGGGGCUCAUCACAAUGAGGCCAUGCGAUGGCAUAGAAUGCAGAGCAUCGCUAAAGAUUUGCUUGACACGGCCAGGGCCAAAGGCUGUGGUGCUGUCCAGGCAAAAUGUGCCAGAAAUUGCAGACACAAGCUUUGAGAAGGCAGAAUUGGGGGCAUACUUCCUUGUUGAGACAGAUAAACCUGACCUGAUACUGCUUUCAACAGGAUCCGAGGUUUCGAUCUGUUAUGAGGUUAUGAAAAUGUUAUCGCACAUCCGGAUCUCGAUUGUCUCGUUUUUUUCAUGGGAGUUGUUUGAGCAGCAGAGCAACGAUUAUAAACGAUACAUACUCAAGGAUGUUCCAAGGAUCAGUAUUGAAGCCAUGAGCACGUUUGGAUGGGCGAAGUAUGCAGAUAUGCAGAUUGGUCUUGACUGCUAUGGCACGAGUGGGGAAUACACAAGUGUAUAUAAGCAUUUUGGAUUGGAUUGCAAGGCGAUCUGUAAGACGAUCGUUGAGUUUUUGAAUAAAUAA